CUAAAACCCUUCGUCUUUCACUAUAUUCAUAUUCCACACUGCAACACCCAACACCAAGAAGCUAAACGAUGUCGUUUAUGCGGGGAGAUUUGCUUUGUCGAACGAGGAAGGUGGUGAAGGGUCUAGCGAAGGCAGAACCCGUAUGGCUGAAAGCGAUGGAGCAGGCGCCACCUGCAACAUUUCCUGCAGUUGGUGGCAAAAUUCCGACCAUCAGUCUUCCUGAGGAUGUGUAUGUGAAGAAGUUCUAUAAAAAGUAUCCGGAAUCCAAACACCAUGACCCCAUUAAGUUUCAUGCUUUUGAUCCUCCUCCUUCUCGUAUCUUUGCCUUGAGGGUUCUUCAAUUGAAAGACCAUGGUGUUAGUGAGGACCGAGCAAUGGCUAUAGCUGAUAUGGAAUAUCUGACAGAGAAGAAAGCAAAGAAGAAAGCAUAUAGCCGUUUGAAGGAAAUUGCACGUCUUCAAGGAAAGAGACCUCCUCCAAACCCAUAUCCUAGUGCUAUCAAGGAGAUACAAGCCGAGGAGAGGAAAUAUGUUCGUGAUCGUUUCUUUAAUCCAAAGAUACUCGAAAUUGUGAAGCAACAGAAAGCCGAGGCAAUGGAGAGAUUCAGUGCCCGUGCUGGUGCUGAUUGGUGACUUUUGAGGUAAACUUAAACUACAUUCAAUGUUUGCCUCUCACGAUAAUGUUUAUCAUUCACCCAUUGAAACCUGCCUAUUUCUUCCUCAUAUGAGGUCAAAUAUUUACUUGUUGUAAUAGAUAAAUUUCACUAGAAAGCUUUACAAAAUUUCUUGUGAAGGUCAUUUCUUCCAGGCUACUCAAGUUUUGUUAGAGCAGCAAAUACUUGCCUUGUUUUGAGCUCUCUCUUUUGUUGAAUUUGAACCUGAACCAGUUUUUCAUGGAAUGUCUUUGGGCAUGCCAUCACUAAAAUGUGUUUCCUUUGAUAAACACUGGGUUUGAAAGUCGGAGGACAAGGUUAGGUAUUCAUGGGACGAUUACAUGUGCAUAAUUCAUAUUGGAUGACGUGUUUGUAUUGUAUGUUUCAAAUUAUAGAUGUGUACAAAACAAUCAAAUGAUUAAUGAGCAUGUGAGUGAUAAAACGUUUAUCUAUUUGGAUGUAUAGAUUCAUAGAAAUGAAUCAAGUUAUGUUUUAUAAAAAAUAAUGUAGAUGUAUGUUUACCAAAAGUGUAAAAAUUAAAUUAAAUGCAAAAGUUAAAA